AUGGGAGAAUACAUCGGUUUGUCUGAAGCUUCAGCUUCAACUAUAAGAAGAGCGCAUGCUGUUCACCCGAUAACCGCUGUGCAGCUUGAGUGGUCCUUGUGGUCGAGAGACGUGGAAGAAGAAAUCGUCCCGACCUGCAGGGAGCUUGGGAUUGGGAUUGUUGCUUACAGUCCUCUAGGACGAGGCUUCUUAGCAGCAGGACCCAAGCUUGUUGAGAAUAUGGACCAAGAUGACUUCAGAAAGACCCUUCCAAGAUUCCAACAGGAGAACUUAGACCACAACAAGAUUCUCUACGACAAAGUUUGUGCGAUGGCUGAGAAGAAAGGAUGCACUCCUGCACAACUAGCACUCGCGUGGGUUCACCACCAGGGAGAUGAUGUUUGCCCCAUCCCAGGAACCACCAGGAUCGAAAACCUCGACCAGAACAUUGGAGCUUUAUCAGUGAAACUCACUCCACAAGAGAUGACUGAGCUUGAGGCCAUUGCACAACCAGGUUUUGUGAAAGGAGAACGAUACAGCAAAGCUGUGCCCACUUUCAAGAACUCAGACACUCCACCAUUGUCUUCUUGGAAAGCCGCUUAA